CACACACACACACACUUCCCGAUCUCACGAUGGCUACAAGGAGAGAAUCAUAAUGAUCAAAACCUCAACACACAGAAAACUGAACAGAUGUGAGGGAUCAGAGAAAAUGAUCGGCUGAAGAAACAGAUGGAGGACAGAAUAAAACUGAAACAUGUUCAGUACAGCUUUAUUCAAGGAUGUGUGGGGAAAUGAACAGGCACUGUGCUGCUGUUUGAAAAUCAUUAAAGCUUUCUCAGUGGAUGAUGGAGAGGCAGGCAAAAAAACUCAGAGAAGAUGAUCAGAUAAAGACUGAAAAGGGAGACGGACGGGAAACACAACAUCAAAAUGUCAAACAAUGAAAACUCAGAGACUGAUGCCUGCAAUCCUCCUCGCAGGAGAAAGAGGAGCAAAGACCAACCUCCUUCGAUGAGGAUUCUUCUCCUGGGUAAAAGCGUGUCUGAAAACAGCCGUGUGGGAAACUUGAUCUUGGGUCGAUCAGCGUUUGACAGUGAAGCUCCUGCAGAUGUUGUGGAGAGAGUGGGAGGAAGACUGAAGGACAGACACGUGACGCUCAUCAACAGUCCUCAACUGCUCAACACACAGAUCUCAGAUGAUCAGAUCACACAGACGGUCAGAGAGUGUGUGCGUCUGUCUGAUCCAGGACCUCAUGUGGUGCUUCUGCUCCUCCAACAUCAGCAGUGUUCAGCAGAAGAUCAAGAGCGUGUGGAGAAGCUGCAGGACUCUUUCUCUGAGCGCCUUCUUCAACACACCCUGGUGCUCAGCACACAAGAGCCCACUGAACCCAAUCAGAUCCUGCAGAAGAUCAUCCAGAAGUGCUCCAACAGACACUUCAGUCUUCAGAGAAGCAGCUCUGCUGAUCAUCUUCUGCAGGCCUUUGAGGACAUCGAGAAGAGCAAUGAGGGACGACACCUGAUUCCUGCUCAAUAUGAAGCUUAUAAGUAUUUCUCAGUGGAACAACAGGCCACACAACGAGUUUCAGACUGUGAGAGGCUGAAUGUGUUGGUGUGUGGGAGUGACGUCUCACUGAAAUCCUCCAUCUCAGAGCUGAUCCUGCAACACACACACAGAAAAUUAGAGAGUGUGAGGACAGACGUGGAUCUUCAUGGUCGUCUGAUCAAUGUGCUGGAGCUUCCAGCUCUGUUCAACACUGGGCUCUCAGAGGAGGAAGUGAUGCGUCAGACUCUCCGCUGUGUGUCUCUCUGUCAUCCUGGAGUUCAUGCUUUCCUCCUCAUUAUUCCUGACGCUCCACUCAAUAAUGAAGACAGAGCAGAAAUGGAGGAGAUCCAGAAGAUCUUCAGCUCCAGAAUCAACAAACACAUCAUGAUCCUCAUCAUGCAGAACUCAGAGCAUCAGACAGCAGAACUCAAUGAAGAAACACAGGCUGUCAUUCAGAGUUUUGGAGGAAGACAUCAGUACUUUAAUUCUGAAACACAAGUGUCCACAUUGAUGGAGAACAUUGAGAAGAUGCUGGAGGAAAACAGAGGAGGUGUUUACUCCACAGAGACAUUCCUGGAGGUGCAGAUGAAAAAACUGAAGAAAUAUGAAGAGAUGAAGAAGAAACUUCAUUCGCAUGACACACAUUUACUCACACAAGGUUUAACUGAGUGUGAAGAUGAACUGAGGAUUGUUCUUCUGGGAAAAACUGGAGUUGGUAAAAGUUCAACAGGAAACACAAUCUUAGGAAGAGAAGCAUUUAAAGCAGAAGACUAUUUUGAAUCAGUGACCAAACAGAGUCAGAGAGAAACAAGUGAGAUCAAUGGCAGACGCAUCACUGUGAUCGACACUCCAGGACUGUUUGAUACUGAACUCAGUAAUGAGGAGAUCCAGAGAGAAAUCAGACACUGCAUCUCCAUGAUUCUGCCUGGACCACAUGUGUUUCUCCUGCUGAUUCCACUGGGACAAAGAUUCACUAAAGAGGAGGAAGCAUCAGUGAAGAUCAUCCAGGAGACGUUUGGUGAACACUCUCUAAUGUUCACCAUGGUGCUCUUCACCAAAGGAGAUUCUCUGAAGAACACAACUAUUGAUCAAUGUUUGGAUAGACCUGGGUCUGUGGUUAGAAAACUGAUUGAAGCUUGUGGAAACAGAUACCAUGUGUUCAACAAUAAUCAGCCAGAAGACCAAAGACAAGUGUCUGAACUACUGGAGAAGAUAGACAACAUGGUGAAGACAAACGGAGGAAGCUUCUACUCAUGUAAGAUGUUCAGAGAGAUGGAGAGAGAAAAACAAGAACAACAGAUGAAGAUCCUGAUGGACAGAGUGCAAGAAGCAGAAGAAGAGAAAGAGAGAAUGAAGAUGAUGAUGGAGGAAGAAGAACAGAAGCAGGAGAAAGAGAGAAAGAGAAGAGAGGAAGAACUGAAGAGAGAACGAGAGACAUUUAGACAUGAAAUAGAGGAAGAUGAGAAAGAAAAGCAGAUUUUAGAUGAACAGAUUCAAAAACUCAAGAGUGAAAUGGAGGAAAUAAUCAAAGAGAAGGAGAAACUAGAAAUAAAGAAGCAAGAGCAACUAGAGGAUUCAGAGAAGAGACUGAAAGAAGAAAGAAAGACAAGAGAAGAUCAACAAAAGACAAAUGAAGAGAAUCUGAAACUGCUGGAAGAACAUGAAGAAGAACUGAAGAGGAGACGAGUGGAGUGGAGAGAGGAAUACGACAGAGAGAAAGAGGAGAAAAUCUGCUCUGAAACUGAUGAUUCACUGCAGCGUAAAAACAGGGGUAUUGAAGCCACAGAAAGAAUAAAGCAUCUUUUUUACAGACUUCACCUUGAUAUAGGAUACAAACUGAGAGCUGCAGAUGUUCUUCAGGUAUCUGAGUGUUCAUUAGAGUCUCUUAAUUGUUGUGCUGAAGACGAGCUGAUUCAGACUUUCAUACAGAAACUACUGAUGAUGAACUACAGAGCAAGAUACAUUAGAGUCAAAGUGACCGAUGAUGAAUAUAACAUACUCCAAAAAGACACUGAUGACUCAGAAGAUGACUUUGUAGAUAUUUUUAGUGAAAUGUCUUUAGCGAGAAACUUGAAUCAAUCUGAGCAAAUUCACCCGAUGGAUGUUCAGAUGGCUGUGUUUCAUCGUGCUGAUGGUUUCCUGAAGCAGCUGAUGGUCACUAAACUGUCCCAGUGUCAGUUCGCUCUACCUCUGCUUGUUCCUGAUCCAGAAACUCAACAGAUUGAGUUUCCUCUCUGGACAUUCAGACAAAUCAACAAGAGCUGGAAGAUCAGAAACACCAACAAUGAAACCAUCAGUCAAACCCAGCCCAUCUACAAGGCACAAACUCCAAUGGUGUUCUUCUUCAGGUUUGACUCUGUGUCUUCAUCCAAGUCUCAGCUGAUGAACAGUCUGAUCAAUGACAAACACAACACGUUCUUCCACAGGAACUGCCCAGGAAGCAGCAGAUCCAGAGUCCUGAUGGAUGGAGUGGUGGAGAUCGCCUGGUUCUGCCCUUCUGGAACAAAUGAUGAUAAAUUCACUGACUGUGUGGCCUUCUGUAAUCUACAUGGAGAUGCAGGAGACCAUGAGAAACAGUGGAAGAUCCUCACUGAGAUGGCCUCAGUCAAUGUGCUUCUUCUGCCAGGACUAAAUAAGAAUGACAGAAUGGCAGUAAGAAUACAAAACAUGUUCAGUAAAGAAAAGCCUCUGAUUUGUCUUUUUACUGAACAUAAAUUUGCAAUAAUGAAAAAAAGGAAAGGAAAAUAUAAGGUUGGUCUGAAAGACAGAAAUCAGUCAGAAGUAUUAGAAGAACUGAGAAAAGCUAUAAAUGAUUGUCUCUCAGAAUCAUCUCCCACUUUCAGACUUGAAGAUGUUUCCAAACACUCAGACAUCAGAGUAGAUGAGGAAGAUGAUGAAGACUGCAGGAGAGGAAGAGCAGCAGCACAGCAGAUGAUCAGUUUACUGGAGAAGAAAAAACUGACAGAAAUCAAAGAAUCAUUUCUGCCUCAUCAGGGGAAACUGUGGCGUCAGUGGAGUCAGAAGAACAAAAAACUACAUCGACCUCAAGCAGAAGAGAUAGAAAUGGACAUCAGUAGAAAACAAACAGACUUAAAGCAAAUUCGCCAACAGCAGCAUGAGUCUGACAUCAGUGACUUUAUAAAGGUCUUUGUUAAAGAAAUGAACUCACAAGAUGAAAAUGUAAAAAUGUUUUUCCUCAAAUGGCUCAAAAUUCUCCUGGAUGAACAUACAUCAGCUGACCUGUCUGCUCUACACCACAAAUAUGAUGAAAAGUGGUCAUCAGUCCUGAAACUGAAGAAGAAUCAUGAUAAAUUUGAGAAAAUCAAAGCAGAACAAGCUGAACUUGAGAGAAUAUCUGAGGAUCUUCAAGCUGCAGCUUUUGGUCUGGAGCACAUCAUGAGGGAGAUCGGUCAGAUCUAUGAAUCAUGUUCAUCUGUGAAGGAGAACAAGAAAGAUCUGCCGGUUCACUUCUCUUCUCUCCCGAGUGUCGCAGCAGAGAUGAUGAUCUCUGGGUUUCCACUGGAGCUGAUGGAUGGAGAUGCUGCUCAUGUUCCUCUGGUCUGGAUCUCUGCUGUUUUUGAUCAACUCGUCCAGAAACUGGGAGGCCGCACCAGAGUCUUUGUGCUGUCAGUUUUAGGAAUUCAGAGCUCUGGGAAAUCCACCAUGCUGAACGCCAUGUUUGGCCUCCAGUUUGCCGUCAGUUCCGGCAGGUGCACCAGAGGAGCUUUCAUGCAGCUGGUCAAAGUGUCUGACGAGAUGAAAACACAGAUGAACUUUGACUAUAUUCUGGUUGUUGAUACUGAGGGUCUUCGUGCUCCAGAGCUGGCUGGGAGAUCAACAAGACAACAUUACAAUGAAUUGGCCACAUUUGUUGUUGGUCUUGCAAAUCUGACACUGAUCAACGUCUUUGGGGAAAACCCAUCUGAGAUGCAGGAUGUUCUUCAGAUUGUUGUUCAGGCCUUCAUGAGGAUGAAGAAGGUCAGACUGAAUCCCAGAUGUGUAUUUGUGCAUCAGAAUGUUUCAGACAUCACAGCUGGAGAGAGAAACAUGGAGGGGAGACAGCGAUUGCAGGAGACGCUAGAUGAGAUGACCAAACUUGCUGCUCAAGCAGAAGACUCAAAGGCAGAAUGUUUCAGUGACUUCAUUAGAUUUGAUGUUCAGAAUGAUGUGAAGUAUUUUGCUCAGCUCUGGGAGGGCAGUCCACCAAUGGCUCCACCAAACCCAAAAUACUGUGAGAAUAUUCAGGAGCUGAAGAAAUCUAUUCUGUUGAAUGUCUCGAGAUCAGAUGGACUGUUGUUGACACACUUAAAAUAUCGUAUUAAUCAUCUCUGGGAGGCUUUACUAAAUGAAAGAUUUGUCUUCAGCUUCAGAAAUUCCCGGGAGAUUUCAGCCUACAGGAAACUGGAGACUGAAUACAGCAAGUGGUCCUGGAGUCUUCGCAGUGCCAUGAUGGAAAUUGAAAACAAACUACACAACCAAAUCGAAAAUGAAGCAAUUUAUGCGAUUGAGGAAACUGAUCUUCAAAGAAAACUGAAGAAGACAAGUGAAAAAGUGGAAAAAUCUAUGACUAAAUACUUUGAGAUAAAUCCAGAUGAAGAUUUACUGAUUCAGUGGAAAACAUCAUUUGAAAUAAAAAUCAAAGAGCUUCAGGAGAACAUUGUGAGAGAAACAAAGAGGAAAUUAAAUGAUACACUUCAGCAACAAAACGUGAAGAAAAAGAUUGAUGCUCAGAGGACACAUCAUGAAAACACUCUCUAUGAAAAGAGCAAAGAACUCGCCUUAAAACUCAAAGAAAAAGCAAAUGAUGAUAAGACCCUGAGCAGUGAGUUUGAUUUGUUUUGGGAACACAGUUUGAACAGGGUCAUCACAGCCACUCCUCCACUCAAAGACAUAGACAUAAUGAAUGAUGUGAGAGAAAUCCUCAAUGACAUUUAUGAAAGUGCUCCUGUAGGCCACUGGAACAAGAACAUAGACAUUUUUACUGUUUCACAUUAUUCAGAAUAUGUUUCCAGAAAAUCCACAAAAAGUAGGGUUAAAAAUGUUUACCAAACAAUUAAAGACAAAAUUGGAUAUUCUUUAACUCUGUCACCUGCUGAUGAAGCCCAGAUUCUGUCAUUAAUGAAUAAUGUUGUUCUGAAAACAGAGAAAAUGACUGACUCAUUUAACAUUUCAAAAAUAGGAUACAACAUCAGCUACAUUCAACAACUCAUAGGUUACAUUAAGACAAGAAUAACAAAAUAUCAGGAAACAUCAUUGAAAUAUGAGUUUAAAAAUGAAUUCUUUGUUGACUUGGUUUAUUCCAUCUGUAAAAGAGCACACAAUAAAAUAAUUGACCAACAUAGAAUGUUCAAAGAAGUCAAUGAUCCUGAAAUAUAUGUCAAGAGGAAAAGAGAAGAGUACUAUAGUAUUUUCCAAAAAUACUGUCAUGGAGCAAAUUCAGCUGCAGUUUUUGCCGAAAUCAUCUGUCAUAAAUUGAAGGAACCCAUUGAGCAGAGCGUCUACAAGAAAACUGCCAGAGAUUUAGCAGAUGAAAUGAAAACAGACUGUGCAUCACUGAGUGGAAACAGAUCAAAUCUGGAGAAACACAUCCUGAAGACACUGGCAGAAGAGGAGGACUUUAACAAAUACAUGAACUACAUUCAUUAUCCCAGAAAUCACUACAAGAGUUUCAUCAGAGAUGAAGUCAGUCGCUACAUCAGAGAUAAGUUCAGCAUCAGUGUUUUACCCAAGAUGAAGGAGAACAUUAAACUCCUGCAGCAGAAGAUCAUGAACGCAGCACAUCAAUCUACUGAACAUGUUCAAGUCAACAGUGGAGAUGUUGGUUUGUGGUUGAAGAGUUUCACACAGCAGCUCUCAGAUCAGCUGAUCUUCUCUGAAAAAGACCUCAGUGGAGUCAAACAUGAUGAUUUCACACUCCUAGAAGAUGUGAUCAGACAAGAGCUUCCUGCUGUAAUGUCAGACAUCAGCAGCAGAUUCAACACAGACACAUUUCCAGUAAAGCUGGACUAUAAGUUCAGGCCAGAUGAGCUUCUGAUUGAUCACUUCUGUCAGUGCUGUUGGGUUCAGUGUCCGUUCUGUCUGGCCAUCUGCACAAACACCAUAGAGGACCAUUAUGAAGAUCACAGUGUUGCUUUCCAUCGUAAUUUUGGGCUGAAUGGGCAGUGUAAUGCAGGAACAAGAAACUUGUCUGUUAACAUUUGCUCAUCAGCAGUAGCCAGUGAUCGAUCUUUUUAUCCCACUGCCUCAGCUGAAUCAGUCCUCUGGAGAUAUUACAGAUCAGCAGGAGGAGUUUAUGCAGACUGGAGCAUCACUCCUGAUCUCUCUGAACUGCCCUACUGGAAGUGGUUUGUGUGCAGAUUCCAGAGAGAUCUGGAAAAAUACUACAGUAAAACAUUUGAGGGAAGUGGUGAGAUACCAGAUGAGUGGAGAAAAUAUAGAAAACUAGACGCUAUUGAGAGUUUAGAUAAAUACAUUUAGAUUGAGAAUUAAAUUCCUUUUAAUUUGCACAUUAAGUUUUGUGUUCUUCACCUCAGGAAUUCUGUAAUCAUGCAAUGUUCAGUUGACAAAACAACAUGAGAGAAGACUCUUAAUAACAUGUACAAGUUUUAUGCAUUACAACACUAUAAAAGAUGCUGAAAAUAGCAA